UCCCGGUGGCGUAGAGGACGCUGUUGCCGGGUGACCCCGCUGUUGGGGUGGGGUGGGGCUGGUGGCUGGUGGCUGGGGGCCAGAGCGCUGGGCUCGCGGCUCGCACCCACAUCCACCAUGGCCUCCCGCAGCGCGGGCACCCUGCUGACCGAAUUCAAUGCGGCCUACGUGCCCCCCGGCCUCAUGCCCGGGUACCAAGGCCACGUCCCUGGGGUGGCCUUUUCCUUCAGCUGCCCCUACGGCACAGCCACACUCAAGAGCUUCCAGGACCAUCGCAAUGCUGCCCUGGAGAGGGCCCACGCGCCCCGGAGCUCGGGCGGCCACUUCCCCACCCUCUACUCCCCGAAUCCUGACCUGGUGUUGUGCUACUGCGCCCAAGCCUGGGACCGCUUCCUGCACACCCCCAGCUAUACACGUUUCAACUUGGACCUGCACCGCUCCACCGGGCUGCACAACUUCUAUCAGGAGGCACAGAAGCACCGGGAACAGUACCGAGACAGGACGGGCCUGCUGCCCCGGGUCCCCUACUUCGUGCUGCCUAUACCAGAACCCGAGCACUACCCUCUCCCCACCGACCUGCCCCCUCUUAAUGAGAAAGACAAGUGGCACCUUCUACGCAUGUCACCCCAGAAUAUGAGGACCUACCAGACCUUCCCGAGCGGGAAGAGGGUAUCCCCGCAGGAACGCAACAGGAGAGACCUCUACUUUGAGUUCCGGGCAUGAGGCCCAAGGGCCGUUGCCCUCACCGGGUUGACUUGCUGGAAUAAAAUUGCCAUCAUCCCGUGAA